AUGAAGUCACCACGGGCAUCCCGAACUUUUGUCUCUACUCUUGUCGUCUCGGAUCCAAGAUAUGAUGUCCGCAACCUGGGCGGGUUUCUGUACCAUGUUCUCCAGAGAUUGGGAGAUUGGGUCGCAACAAGGCUCUCCAUCGGUGUGCCAGAGCCCUCGCGCGAGCAAUGGCGAGUGCUCGACGCGGAAAGGUUACUUACUGUGCAAGCUCUUGCCGACUACGGCGGCGGCAUGAAAGCGUUUCGAGCAACCCUCACGGAGCCCGAGGCGGCCAAGGCAGCUGAGACGCUCGUCGCUACGUACCAGCUGUGUCUGCAUGUGCCAGGCGUGUCUCCUCGGCGCGGAUGGUCAUGA